AUGGAACACGAUCAAAAUUCCGAACCAGGUCCUCAAGUCUGCGGCAAAGUCGUUGUUCUCAAUGGCUUCCCCGGCACAGGAAAAUUGACCAUAGCAACCAAGAUGAAGAGCUACUUUCCCGAGGAUACAGUCCGUCUCAUCGAUAACCACCUGCUCAUUGAUCCGGCUCAGGCGAUUUACCCUGGCAGGAGUGCAGCACACUGCGAGCUACGUCGAAAAUUUCGUGAAGUUGCUUUCGACGCCAUUCGGAAGAUUGCACAAGAGGGCAAAACGGUUCUUAUGACGGCAUGUCUUGUCGAUAAUGAAGCAGACAUUAGAACCUUUGAAGAGCAUAUGUCCAUAGUCCGGAACACGUAUAUACCAGUAUAUUGGCUCAAUCUUGGAUGCGAUAGAGAAGUUUUAGAAAAGCGCGUCACAAGUAUGGAGCGGCGAGAAGGGGGCAAAACCAAGUUGAUAGAUGCCAGUGUCCUGCGUCAGAUAGUGGAGGAUCAUAAGCUUCUGAACCCGCGUCCAUAUGACUAUGAGCCUGUGAGGUUAAUCACGGAGUCGAUGGAUGUGGGUGGAACAGUAGAAGAGUCAGUACAUAAGAUACUGCAUGUACUACAGGGUCGCUAG